AUGGCGGCAAGCCUCGAGAUCUCCGACGAGGACCACGGGCCAGCAAUGAUCGCCACCGCUGCGGCCUCUGCAAUGACAUCUCCCGAUGAUCCCGAUGGCCCAGACUGCUGCGCCAUCUGCCUCGAGCCCGUCACCGCGCCCUGCGAGGUCGUCCCCUGCGGGCACGUCGUCUUCGACCUGCCCUGCGUGCUCGGCUGGCUGGCCCUGCACCCGAGCUGCCCGCUCUGCAAGACGCCCGUCGUGCGGCUCCUGCACGGCGCGAGCGGCGAGCUGGGCCGGCCGUACUCUGAGUUUCACGAUCCCGCCACCGGCGCCCGGCGCCCGCCGAGCCGGACCACAGGGCUGCCAACACCGGCACCAACGCCACCACCACCACCACCACCACAUCCAAUUCAUCGUCCUGCUGCUGCGCGAGAGGAGGGGGAGCCGCGCGCCGUGGCCGUACGUCGCGACGUCUACCGCCGCAACCGCUUCUCGAUGCACGUCGGCUCCAACCCCGUCUCGCGGUACCGCGAGCUGACGGCCGCCAUGUUCCAGCACGACGAGCAGCUCGUGUCCCGCGCGCGCAUGUUCAUCCGGCGCGAGCUUCGCGUCUUUACCUUUCUCACCGCCAACCGCGCGCCGCGGCCAACGCCGCCCUCGGGACACUUCGCCGCCGCCGCCGCCGCACCGCCGCAGCUGCGGCGACGCGCCCCCAGCACCGAGUUUCUCCUCGAGUUCAUCGUCUCCAUGCUCAAGUCGGUGGAGAUGAUGGGCAACCGCGGCGCCGCGCAAGACACGCUGGCCGACUACCUGGGCAGGGAGUUUGCGAGGCUUUUCCUGCACGAGCUGCGCUCGUGGCUGCGGAGCCCGUACGCGAGCCUCGCGGAGUGGGAUCGCGCGGUGCAGUACCCCCCGCUGGUGCUGCCGCUGCAGGGCGGCGGCGGCGUCGAGGAGGCGCGCCCGACGAGACAGGCUACAUCGCCGCCGACGCAGCUGCAGGAGGCGUCCAGCCAGCCACGAGUGUCGUUGGCCCCGCCGCGCAUUACGAGGCCGAGGAGCCAGGCAAGGACCCUGCCCGACAAUUAUCGCCCGGCCGGCCGGUAUGCACAGCGCAGGCCACAGCUGUCGAGGCCGCCGGUGAGGAGCAGAGCUUCUGAGAGUGAUGACCUGCAGCACCUCCGUCGUGACGUCGACCAAUGGAUACAGAGCAGGACGCAAGGCCAGAGAAGGUAA